AUGCAGCGACGCGUGGCACCGCCGUACCGCUCCCUGCGAGGUCGUUCCAUUGGCGCAAUGGUGAUGGACAGCUUUCCGGUGCAGCUCCGCAUGUACGUUGCCAGCUCGUCCCCCACGGCUUCCGCCGGAGGCUCGUCUUCGCAUUUUGCCUCGGCCAGGCUCUUCACUGACGCCGCUGCAUCGCUGUCACCCAUGGCGGAUGGUGCAUCGUCCGCACCGCCGUCUCCAUUUGAGGUGCAUCAAGUAAUCGCACGCGCGGCGCAGCGGGGCCAGUGGGAACACGCCAUUUGUCUUCUUGUAGGCUCCCUGCACAGUCACUGUGUUCCUCUCGCAGAAACGUACCAGCUGACUCUCCUGGCGGCACUUCGCGGCGGAGGAUGGCAGGCCAGCGUGCAACUCACGAAGCGAGUGGCGACCAGCAGUCUCUCGACAACAGCCCUCUACCACGCGGCAGCGGACCUGCUGCUCGCCAAACCGACAUUUGACUUGGAGACGUUGGGCAAGUCCCUUGAUCGGGUAGUGCUGGAGGAACUUGUACCACUCAUGCUGGCCGACGCCACGCAGCACGUGGUGUGGCGUCCGCGACACCGUGAGGCGGCACUGCGAGCCCUUGGGAAGGCAGAGGAACACCAGAAGAUGUCGGCCUUGUUUCGUCGAUGGACAGCCGCUACGGCUCUUUGCGGUGGUGUUUCACAACUCCGGUGCAGCGAGGAGGAGGCCACUCUGUUCAUGGCGGCGUUCGGCGUCACCGGAGACUGGCGCUCUGCGGAAACACUGCGGGCAAGCCUCUCCCAGGUGUCCGCCCCACUUCUCGUCAGCUAUGUGCGCGCAUUCACCGUGGCGGUGCAGCACGCUAAAACGUCAAGCCGAGCAGAGCCACAGCAGAUUGUUCCGUGGGAGAUGGCUUUAGACAUUGCUGCCGCGGGCAGGCAGGAAGCGCCAGUGCUGGAGGCCGUGACGGAGCUGUUGAGUGCGGCACGUCACGCCGCAGUCCCCGCUGACGGGGCUCGGUGGUGGUGGGCGGCCAGCACUUCCACACACGCGAAAUUGGCAGAGCUGCGCAGGCGUGUGGCAAUCUCCGCGCGUGAGGCGGCGCAGUUGCUGGUGGAGUGCCAUGUGACGACCGCGCAGGUUAGGAGCUUGCUAGAUGCCGUGCGCGUGUCCGGGGUGCUGAGUUCAGCAGCGGCAGAGGCUUCUCCGUACUAUGAGGGAUGGGUGAAUGUGGUGCUGGUUCUGAGCCAGUACUGCCCACACGCGUUGGUAUCCGUUGACGGGUGCGCCGACGGGCUCGUGCCACUGCUGCCGCAUACCCUCGGUUUGUGGCGACAGGUGGCGCAGAGUGCCGCCGGCGGAGAUGUCGCGAAGCCUGCCAGUGUCGCGUGGUACGUUGUCUACACGUCAUCCGUGUUGCAUUAUCUGCGUCACGCUUCCCUGCAGCCGGCGCAGCUGGCGAAGGCUGAGAGCACACUGAGUGCCGCGCUGGCGCGACAGUUGCGCUGCGCCAGCCAUCAUCCCAUACACGGGGCUCUUCUCACCGGCUUUGCAGGCAAGCCCGGUGCGCUGUUUAUUUUUCUCCGCACUGUCAGCGCGCACAUCAGCGUGCCGUCGGCAGAGCACUGCGUCACGCUGGUGAUGCGCGGCGAGGCCGCGAGCAUUGAUGAGAUGGUGGACGAGCGGUUGCUCAGCUUUCUGGAGCCUCUCGACGCGCUGGGAACACCUGAGGAGCUAUGCGAAGCUGUGUGCGCUGCCGGCGAGGCUGCUCUGCUCUCCUCCCCGCCCUCCUACUCCUCUACCCAGUUUGUGUGCCUCGCUGUGUGGUACACCUGUCACCAGCUGCGACGUGGUGUUUCCCUGGUUGCGCUGCGGCCUGCGCUCCGCCGCACUGUUUCGCUUGUUGAGCGACUUCCAGGUUCCGCGGAGGCGUUGACGCUGCUGAGCGCCCAACUGCAGUGGUGUUGGGGUGCUUCAUUGGAGGCGCUGCGGGAGCAGGCCGUCCCCGUCUUGUUGAGGCGUGAGGAGUGGGAUGUGCUUGCUCGGCUGCUCGAGCGCUUCCCUCAGCCACUGUCAACGCGGGAGCAGCACAUUCUGCAGCGCUGCAAGAACGGCGCCAAAGUGACGGCGCUGCAGAAUCUCGUUACGGCUCAUCGCGCGACAGCCGCAUGGGAGUACUGGCAGGGCGAGCUGCGCGGUGCCGCUCGAGAAGCGCCUCUGCCCACGUCCCUGCGCGACAGCCUCGUCUCUCUCCUGUUGGCCCACGGACUCGUGACGGAGGCGCACGCGGUGCUGGCUGUCAGUCGUGCAUCGGAGGUCCGUGUGUCGCACACAACGUGGUCUCGCACCGGGCUGCGCGUCUACGACUAUGCGAGACGGUGGCGUCGUUGCGAGCAGGGGAUGCAGCUGGCGGAGUUGUGGGACGUGGCCGCACUAGGGGGGGAAGAGGAGGCAGAUGGUGACGGCAGUGAGGUCCGCAGACGCGAGAUAACGGUGAUCCUUGCUCUCUACGCUGGUUUGGCCCUGGAACACACCCACCGAGCAGCGGACGCAAGUCAAGUGAUUGCGGCCGCAGUCGACUAUGUUCUCCGAUACGACGAGGCGCAUCACCACCGUGGCACACAGCCCCCACUCGAUUUCGCAACACUGCACAGGACGGAUGCUCAACUCGCGGCGCGCCUUCCCGAUUACGUCCAAUGCGCCGCACCGCGCCUCAUCUGUGCCGCACUCAACUGCAGCGGCGAGUCAUCACGGCAGCCGGCAACGAGAGCCGCUUGCUCGGGCGUUGACAGCGGUGGCGUUUCAGAGGCGCUGCGCAUCGUAGCGUAUCUCCUCCCCCUCACCUCAACGAGUGGAGCAGCGGUGAUGGCGUGGUCAGAGACGGUGCUGCGGCUUCACACUGUGGCCAGCGCCUGUGCCGUAGAGGCCAUGCCGGCAGUGGCGACAUUGGGGCAAAGGCUGCUGUACCAGGCGGCGGCGCAAAACGUCACGGUGGCGCCGUCAUUUCUACGCCUCGUGCUCGCUACAGGGCCGCUCUCCACAAGGCUCCUUGCAGCGGUGCGGCAGUGUCUCCUCCUGAGACUUGGCAAUGCACCGACUGGGCCGUCUAGCACAGAUGUUGCGGCCACUGCCGUGCAGGUGGCGGUUUCGCUCGCCGACUCUGGCAACCACUCUGCAGCACUGGAGUGGGUGGAGGAGUUUGAGCUAUGGCAAAGGGGAGAGGCAGCGGGAAAGGAGGGUACAGCGCCAGACCAGCAGACGGUGGUGGACAUGGCAACUCAGCUGUCGUGGCUGCAGGCCGCCCAAGGAGCCGCACAGCGGCGCGUCGAUCAGCGCGCUGCCCUUUGUCAGCAUCGCCGCAAGGCGCAGGCUGCCGCCAGCCAGGGCAGCGUGGCGUCGGAGCUCUACGCAUGGGAUGCUCUCGAUCGCCUCAUCGACUGUGAUGCGUGGGAGGAGGCGCUGGACGCCUUCCUGCAGGUGGUGGCCGCCCCAACUGACGUGAAAAGCCUCUUCUCUAAAGAGUCGAUGGAGCUGAUGGAGCUGCGCGACGCGUACCUCUCCGCGGAUGUGCUAAACUCCGUCAUGCUAUGCGUCGCCCGUUGUGCACCGUGGCGAACCACAGUGCAGGCGUGGAUGCUGCUGGCCAGUCAAGUCCCCCUUCUUCCUUGGAAUGCUUGCGCUGCUGCUCUGACCCCAAGCAUACACGAGUUGCUGAGAGUGAUGGCGCGUCAAUGUGCGCUGCCUCACGAGGUUGGCACCGUUGUGAUGUGGAUGGCGGCGCAGCUGGACUUGCCAAGGUCUGCAACGUCUCCCCUUUGUGCUCUUUUCGCUGACUGUAUCGGCGCCUCAUCGUCUACCGGUGCCGGGUACGCGUGGACAGCGGCAGAGGCACAACUUUGCGCCGAGAUCAUUGCGCAGCUGCGACGAUUGUGUGGUGAGAAGCGCGUGGAGGAAGCCGGACGCGCUAUCGCGGAGGCUCAGGCAGUCCUUUUCCCGCCUUCCCUCUACACGCCAGCGCCCCACAGCGAGGAGGGCACAGUGCCGUCGGCAGCGUCGUGGCUGCCACCUGGUCGCCCCCCGCUGUCGGUGAAGGAGCUCGACACGCUGGCUGUUGUGGCCCCGCUACUGCUCCUCGCUUCAACGCCGCAGCUGGAGUCUCUCGCACAGCAACAUCUGGGCGGCACGUUUCAGGGGCAUGAGCUUAAAGCCCUCCUUUACCUCUACCGAGAAGAACUCCUGCAGCGCGUCGCCGCCGUGCGUGAGCCUGACGCGGCGCUCGUGCAAUACCUCGCGCAAAAUGCAACCCUGCGCGUGCUUCUCUCUCAGUGCGUGGAAGUGAAGCCAGCAAUGCAUCCCACGCCGCGCGCGCGCGACAGGGCUGCGGCGGAGUGGAUGGCCCAGCACGUCUUUGACGGCUUCUUGCCGUUGAGCACGGCAGAGGAGCUCUGGAGGGCGUGUGAAGAACCUGCGAAGAAGCUGGCAGAGUGUCGGUGGUCCGCCGUGGCAGAGGCAGAGCUGUGCGAGGAAUUGUUGCGGCGCCACGGCAGGCCGCCGGAGAAGCUGAGCACCGCACCGCACUUGACACGGCAGGCAAUCUCCCACUACUGGAGCUGCUUCCAUCGCGUUCUCCUGCCUGAGAUGCAUUUUGGCCCGCUGGAGCUGUGCUGCCUCGCCUCCUACGCUCCGGCCCUUGCCGAGGCGCGGGCGGCGUGCCCGGACAUGACGCAGCCGGCCUACGCCAAUGCCGUUGCCGAGCUCGCCAAUCACGCAUACAAGUCACACUUUUGCCCCAGCCGUGUACCGGUCGAGGACACCCUCAGCUACCUACGUCGCCCUCACUGCGCAGCCGCAGUCGCAGCAGUCAUGACAAGCGCCUUCAAGAAGCUCAAAGUGCUGCACACGCAGCUCUCCGACGUCCGCAGCGCGGCGGCGCGCGGCUACCGGCUACCGUUUCCCUGGAAGACAGUGCCUGUCGCUGCUGUGAAGCUUCCACCGGAGCUGGAUCGGCAGUGCCUCGCCGAUGCCGCCCGGCGCAUUGCCCAUGACGCGGCUCCUGUAACAAAAGCAGCUCCCGUACGCGCGUCCCACACACGCAUCGCAUCACCGCUGCUGCGCCGAUGGACGCAGUGGGCGACGGGGAUGGCGUGUGCCAGCUCGCCCAAGUCAUUACCGCAGGCGGCCUCACUACUACUUGUGGAGUGGACGAAGGAAGCGCUUCAUUCGGGCUGCGACCUCCCUCGCGCAGAUCAAGGUCUCAGCGCCGCCCUUACAGCUGCUGGCGAUAAUGGCACUAAGGUGUGCGCGUUGUGGCGGGAAAUGGCGCGAGCAGGAAAGCGUGAACUGCAGCUACAGCGGUGCCGUGACCUUAGUGUGGCGUGGCAGCUUCUCGCAGGUGCGAAGGUGUGGCGCUUCAUGGACCCCGGGCACGUGAUGGUGCUGCGCCGGCUUGUGUGUCCCUCCAACUCCAAAGUUACGGCGUUGCCUUCCAAGCGCGACGCGGCCAGGCACCACCGCAAGACGUCGCAGCGAAGGGAAGAAAGGGGAUGA